AUGGAAGCAGUAGCAGAAGGACUGUGGGGGCUGGCGGACUACAACGAGAAGAAGGGGGAGAUCGGGAAAGCCGUGAAAUGUCUGGAAGCCAUUUGCCAGUCUAAUGUCUCUUUCUUUCCCAUCAUCGAGGUCAAGACUCGACUUCGCAUCGCCACUCUUCUUCUCCGUCAUUCCCAUAAUAUCAGUCACGCCAAGUUCCAUCUUGAGCGCUCUCAAUUGCUUUUGAAGUCCAUUCCUUCUUGCUUUGAACUCAAGUUCAGAACAUUCAGUUUGCUCAGUCACUGCUACCAUCUCCUCGGAUCUAUCCCUCCCCAGAAACAGAUUCUUUACAAGGCUCUCGACCUUGCUUCUUCUGCCGGCCACGAGUACUCUCUUACCCUCUAUCUCUCAUUUUCUUCUUCUAAUUCUCAUUUGCUGCCAUUUCCUUUAAUUCCCCUUGUUUCUUUCAAGUGUUUCCGUCAAGCUGUGGGCUUGCAAUUUCAAUUCGCAGCUCGCCAAUGCUUUGAUCAUCGAAGGAGACUUCCGCUCUUCAAUCUCCGCUUUGGAAUCUGGAUGUUCUUCGCAACUUCAUUGCUGCAUGUACAUCUCAUGCAAUGGACUGAUGAUAAUUUAGUUGAGCGAGCUGUUAAUCAAUGCGAUGAGGUCUGGCAAACUAUUCCUCCAGACAGAAGGGGUCAAUGCACGGGUUUGCUCUUCUACAGUGAGCUUCUGCACAUCUUCUAUAGACUAAGAAUAUGUGACUACAAGAAUGCUCAGCAGCACGUGGACAAGUUAGAUGCUGCUAUGAAGGCUGACUUGCAAAAGAUGAGGGAAGCACACCAACUAAUGGAUGAACUAAAUUCCCUGAAUCAAAGACUCUCCCAGUCUGACCUACCUUCCAAGGAGAGAUACGCACUUUCCGCAAGAUCAGCUCAUAUUCAGGACCGCCUUAGGAAUUUGACUCCGCCCGCUAGCAACGAUAUUCUGGAACCUGCAUAUUUUGGAAAUGCAAAGCGAGCAUGGGCAGAGAAGCUUGUACUAGCACCGCCUCCUAUUGAUGGCGAGUGGCUACCAAAAAGUGCAGUCUAUGCACUGGUUGAUCUUAUGGUGGUCAUAUUUGGGCGUCCUAAAGGGCUUUUUAAAGAACACAAGGCUCUUGGGAGCUCUUUGCCUCUGAGACAGGAAGAGACGUUGCUGGUGAAACCAGCUGCGCUAGUCGCUGCAAUAAGCAGCCUGUGGGCUCCAAUGACAGCUCUAAACAUUGUGGCGUUGGUGCAAAUGAAAAAUUGGUUUGCACGAUUUCCAACAAUUUUACAGGCUUGUGAGAGCAUCAUUGAGAUGCUCAGAGGACAGUACUCACAUUCUGUUGGCUGCUAUAGUGAAGCAGCCUAUCAUUAUACUGAAGCAGCCAAGCUCACAGAGAGAAAAUCAACACAAGCUAUGUGCCAAGCAUAUGCGGCUGUUUCUUACUUCUGCAUUGGUGGUGCUGAAUCAUCUUCAGAGGCACUUGAUUUGAUUGGACCACUUUACAGAAUGAAAGAUUCUUUCGUUGGUGGUCGAGAGGAAGCAAGUAUUCUUUUUGCAUAUGGUCUUCUACUGAUGAGGCAACAAGAUCUGCAGGAGGCAAGAAAUCGACUGGCCAAAGGCUUACAGAUUGCACAUAACCAGAUGGGGAACCUUCAACUUGUUGCGCAGUAUUUGACUAUUCUUGGGAGUUUGGCUCUUGCUUUGCAUGAUACUGUCCAAGCCAGAGAGAUCUUGAGAUCCUCUCUUACCUUGGCCAAGAAGCUUUAUGACAUCCCAACUCAGAUCUGGGUUCUCUCAGUUUUGUCAGUUUUGUAUAAGCAAUUAGGUGAGAGAGGAAAUGAAAUGGAGAAUGACGAAUAUCAAAGGAAAAAGUUGGAGGAUUUGCAAAAGAGGCUUGCUGAUGCACGUUCAUCCAUGCAUCACAUUGAACUUAUCGACAAAGUUAGGCUUGAAGUUAAGCAAUACAAUGAGCAUGAUACAAACCGUGCGAAGGCAAGUCAAUCCAUGAAAGUCAAUCUUGAUAUUCCGGAGUCUGUUGGUAUAUCUAUACCAUUACCAACACUUUCAUCAGCAAGGCUAGUUGAUUUAGACACCAGCAGACGAUCAGCAAGGCUUGCUGAUUUAGACACCAGUGGACGUGGAAAAAGAAAAUUUUGAUUUUCAUUCUGUUUUGCAAUUAUUAUCUGGCUUGAAAGUAGAAGCUGUACAUAGGGUUUGAGGUACCAUUAUACACCGAGUCACUGUUACUGACAUAAUGCUCAGGGGCAUUGAUUAGUGCUGUAUAGCUAAAUUAGGGUGCUUACAGUUUUUACAACAUAGCUUCUUUCUGUUGAAUUGGUGCAGAAUUUGCCUUGUAAUUUAAAUGCUUUAUACUCAUUAUAUUUUUCAGUUUCAUGAGAGAGCUAUAAUUGCUUGGAAUUCAUGGCUAA